AUGCCUAUUACACUCGACCUCGAUGAAUGCUCGUCCGACGUCUCUAUGCGGCGCUCCCUCUCCAACCUCUCACUCUCAGUCGCGAAAUGCAAGAAGAUCCUGGUUGUGACCGGCGCCGGGAUUUCAUGCUCAUGCGGUAUUCCGGACUUCCGGUCGUCCGACGGACUAUAUGCACUUGUCAAACAACAAUAUCCUGGCAUCGUUUUGAAGGGUCGCGACCUCUUCGACGCGUCGCUCUUCCGCGACCCAAUCUCAACGUCCGUCUUCUAUACCUUCAUCUCGCAACUCAAACGAUCCAUCAACAACGCGUCCCCGUCACCUACGCACCGAUUCCUCAAGACCCUCGAUACCAAACGCAAACUGCUGCGCUCAUAUACGCAGAACAUUGACGCGCUCGAGGAGAAGGCUGGCCUUCUUGGCAGCUCGAGCAACCACGUGAAGAACGAUGGCAAGGGAAAGACGAAGAUCAAAGUUCGGGAUGUGCGCAACGUCCAACUACAUGGCGAUAUCCAUCGCGUCCGCUGUACAUUCUGCAGUGCGGACUUCCCGUGCAAUCUGGAAUAUAUGAAUACAUUUGACACUGGUGCGGCACCUGAUUGCCCCGAGUGUGUCACACGCUCGAUAGAUCGCGUCGCGCGCUCAGCCCGUCCCCUCAAAGUUGGCACCCUACGACCAGCUAUCGUUCUUUACAACGAACCCCACCCUCUCGGAGACGACAUCGCCAGCAUGCAAUCCGCGGAUAUGACGCGGAAGCCCGACAUGCUGAUCAUCAUGGGCACCUCGCUCAAGGUGCACGGCUUCAAGAAACUCGUUCGAGACUUCGCAAAAAUCGUACACGAGUCCGCGCCAUCUCCCGCCGUAGCUUCCACGUCAUCGCAGAAGAACACCAAAGCCUUCGCCGGAAAGGUCAUCUUCGUGAACAAGACAGCUCCGAGCAGCGAGUGGGAUGGCAUCAUCGACUACCACAUUGUGGGUGAGACAGAUAAGUGGGCAGAAACGGUCGUAGAGGAGUGGAAGAGGAUGUGGCCCUCCGACUGGGAGGUGCAGAAGAAGCUCACUACAGCGGGCGAUGUGGAGACUGCAGGGAUGUUCAAGGUUACGAAGGAGAUCACGAACACUUUCGACGGCAUGAAGUCAAAAGGUAUGUCAUUGGCGGCCGCAUUGAUGGAGAAGACUCACGGUCAAUCUCCACGCUAG